GAUAAAUGGAAGAACAGAAAUACACCCUUGGUCCACUCAAAAUGAAGGUAACCCAAGCGAAAAGGACUAAGAAUUAUAAGAGAUGAGAUAAUAUUUCUUCGAUAAACUUGCUUCUUUGUUCAGAAAACAGGAAAAGUGUUGCAAAUCUAAAACAAGCGUCUUCGAUUAAGAAAUCAGGAGAAAGGAAGUCUUCAAAAUACAGUCAGAUUAAGAAAUCUAAGAGACGAAGUUAUAGUCACUCUUCUUCAAGAACUGUAUCGAUAACUUCAAGGAGUACCUAUCAAACCAGAAAUUGUUAUAAGGUGCUAGAGGGCUCAAAAACUAUUCUGGCUAAUAAAUACUACAAAUUGAGUGGAAAUCACUUGAAGCCUAAGAAGUCCAGGCCUGGAAUCUGUGCUUUGUCCAAGACUUCCACUAUGCCAGUAGCAGUAGAUUUAUCUAAUAGUGAAGAAACAAGUCUCUCAAAAAGAACAAGCCAAGCUCAUGAAGCGCCAAUUUCGAUUUCAAACACAGUAAAAGAGAUAAACGAAAUCAAGAGAAAUAAAAUGAAGAAGAUUAUAAAUAAAAUGAAAGGAGCUUGAAGAAAACAAAAGUGAGUCAAAAAUAACUAUACAAGAAACAAUGCGCCAGGAUUAGACAGAAAGUGGUCUUCCCCAUCAAAAAUACCUUUAAAAAGUAAUCUAGAGAUUUCCCACAAAAAGAAGCCACUUGUGGAUACUCUUGACCAAACAAUUGGUCAAGACCUGCAAAAGCAUGAACUUUUACAAAAAUUAGAGAAAGCGAGGAGAGAAAUAGAACAAAUAAAACUUGAAUUCCAGAAAGAACGUAAUCUUAGAGAGAUGCAUAUCUGUAAACUCUGUGCUACCUCUAAGAUGCCUGAUGCUAAGAAUUGAUCAAUUGGGGCCUACAUCCAUAAAAAUCUUCAAGAAAUCAAAAACAGCACCUAAUCCCCCAAAAUUGCUAAAACCAACUCUCUAAGCCUCCUUUCCCUCACCUCUAACCCUCCUCUUCUGCAUCCUUCUCCACUUAUUUUCAACAUAAAAAAUC